UUAAAUUCUAUGGUCAAUAUUUAUGUUUUUCAGCUAAUGUUUUUAUUCGUGAAAAAACUGGUAGAUGAUAAAGGAUAAAUAAAAAACAAAGUAUAUCAACUUUUCUGCUUAGCACUUUUGCCAAGAUUUUUACAUUGUCAUCUUUUGCAAUUGCAGUAUUAUAAAAUGUCAUGCCAAAUUAAUUUAUUAGGAAAUAUUGCUGGUGUUCGUGAAAUAAAAAAAUUUUUGUUUCUGCCAGAUUUUGAGGAAGAUCCGGGCAAUAAUUCAUGGUUACAAAAAUGCAUCUUAUCUGUUAGUCCUAUAGGAGAUAUUAUCGUAAUAGGCAGAGGAAAAAAAAUGGUUAUAUUGACUUCAAAAUGGGACUCAAAUUCUUCUUCAAGUAUAUUUCAACAAACCUUUUCUGGUACUGUACAUGAAAGUGAUAAUAUAAAAUCUGUGUUGUGUGUUCCGAUAGUAACUCAAAGUAAAAGUUCAAAUAUCUUGCCUGAUUGGACUUGCAUUUUACUUGGUUUUGACUCUGGAUACGUUCGAGCUUAUGUGGAAACCUGUGAACUUAUUUAUGAAGAGCAAUUUCACAACGAGAAGAUAAUCUCUUUAAAAUGUCGAAGCCAACAUACUCCCCAAUCAAGUAUUUGUCUGUAUCAGCGUACUGAGGAAAUCUAUGUUCAAUAUCAAACAAAUUUUUGCAUAAUUAAGGGGAAACAACUCAUUCCAAUAUUGAGGAGCAAUAGAUCUCAACUUGCUAGAGUUCAAGCCAAUAGUGAGCUUUUAGAAUUUGAUCAACCACCUCUGGAGGUUAAAAAAUGGGAAUUUCAAGAUCAAUCUGUCAUUAAAGAUAUUGCAAUAGUUCAUUCACCAUAUUCAAAUCUUUAUGAUCAUUUACUUGCUGUAUCAACAAGUAGAGGUUUUGAUACAAAUUUCAAAUCUGUUCCCCCUAAUGAUAUACUUGUGCUGGCUGUUGGUUGGAAACCCUUUUUGGGUUUUCAUUUUGCUGCAGAGGCUUCUUACCAGCCUAUGUUGAGUGAUGUAGCUAAAAUAGUAGCCUAUAAGUUGAAAUCAGCCCUCCCGAGCUGGUUGACUGGAGGUGAAAAACAUGACUCAGUUAUUAUGGAGCCAACAGAUCCAAUGGUAAUGCGAUUCGGUUUAUGUGAUCUACAUAGAUCAGCGAAUACUAUCAUCCUAACAGACGAUCAAAGGAUAGGUGCAAUUUCCGACAAUUUAGGCAGAAUUAUUAUUAUAGACAUAGAAAAGGGUAUUGCUCUGAAGAUUCUCAAAGGUUACCGAGAUGCUCAGUGUUCAUUCAUUCAAGUAGUAGAUGUCAGACAUACUGGUAAAUCCAAGGUCAAGAAAGUUGCCCUUUUUCUAGUAAUCUACUCUCCGAAGAAAGGAACAUUAGAAAUAUUCACCACACAGCAAUUUUUAAAAAUAGCCACUUUUUCCGCUUCGAAAAAUAGUAGACUUGUCUACAUCAAUUAUAACAUGAUGGGGUUUUCCGAACCAACAGAAUCUAACUACAAUUGUCAGUUCACCACUCUCUUGAUCGAUAAUGAUGGUAAAAUUAAAGAAAUUAUCAUUCCUUUCCACUUUGCACUAAAUGAAGAGAGUAGUAAGAAAGCUCGAGAUAUAUACGUCUUUAAAAUGUUGAAAGACAUGAUAAGGAGUGAGCAGCAUAACAACGAUUUCCUUAUGUCCAAAGCGCUGAAAACUGUGAAGGAUGUACAUACUCUUGAAAUGAAAAAACAAUUAGUAGAAUUACUUUCCAGCAUAAAAAGUCUGCCAACAGAAUUUUUGUUGGAAUGUAUGACAUCUAUUAUGGAAAAUCUAACUAUGGAGAAUGAUUUCACACUCAGGACAAAUAAUAUUAUUUCCUUUCUAAGCUUCUAUCACUUCAUGAAGAGCAACAUGGGAGACGAGGCGUAUAAUUCUUAUGAACCAAAUAAAGAUAUCUCUCUCUGCUAUUGGGGAUGUAUAGAUGUUAAGCAUUUGAAACACCUUGUUGAACUUAUCGAUCCUGUUGAAGGUCUUGCUAAUGAACCGAAAGUGAAAAUUGCCGACGAUCAGAUAUUUUCUUUAGCAGAUUAUUUAGCAUUGUUUCUCAUUGAGGGGCAUUCUAAAAUGAGAUUAUUGAAAAAUUAUGAUGAAUCUGUAGCUAACGUAUUAUGUGCGAGUCUUUUUGGCGAUUACAUUAAAAAAUGCAAACACCUAGAGCAUUUUAAAAAUGAAGUUAUCAAGAGCAAUAUACGGGCCAGAGACUUAUUUUUGUUACUCAUAAUGUAUUGGGUGAAUCAGCCUCUCCAUGAUUUCUCAAAUAUAGAAAAUCUGAUCGAUCAUCUCGUCAAUGUUCUGUAUGUUCUCAUAAAAGUAGAAAUUGAUGAAUCUCCCAAAAAGACUUCGCUGAAAUAUUUUUGGGAAGACAUAAGAGAAGUUCUGACCAACUCAAGAAAACCCUUUCUUGGUCUGAUAGCAGCCAUGGCAUGUAAAUAUAUCGCCUAUAAAAUUGAAAGAGAUGAAGAUCCACGUUCGGUUGAACUAGGUAUUGAAGAUUUGGAAAUAUGGUCUAAGGAAAAUGUUGAAUGGAAACUGCUCAUAGCUAAACUGGAAGAUGUGGCGAUCUUAAACAUAAUGACUGAUAGGAAACAUGUAGGUACGAAAUAUCAUACUCUUCCCAAACUAAGCCAUCAACAACUGGAUGUUAGCCUGAAAUUUGUACUGCAACGAAAAGGCUCCGUUAGUGAACUAGUGGCAAGAUGGCUUACAACUAGUGGAAUUGAUCCAGUACUAAUUGUUUUAAAUGAUAAAAUUUACCAAGCGUCCAAAAAUGAUGAAGAGGUUAAUUUGGAAAAACUUUGCCCCAAAGAAAAACGUGAUUUCCUUGAAACAGAUCAACUCUUUUCGUCAUUCAAUGCUAUAAGGAUACAUUGGCCUUACAGUUUAAAUGCUGGAAUGAUUUUGACCAAUAUGUGUUGGGAGUAUGCCUUAAAAUGGAAGGACAAUAUACGGGAAUUGGAUUACUUGAAAGCUAGCAUAUCAUGUCUGAAGGCUAUCCCAAAUCUGUAUGUCAAAAUAGGCUUAUUUAAUUUGGUAUGGAAAACAUAUUUAAAUACCCCUUUUAAAAACACAAUUAAAUUGAUAGAUAGGGUUACAAGAGUUCCUAAGUUGAAAUUGUGUAUGCAAGAUACAGGAUUGUCUGAUGCGGAAUUACGAAUAUUCAUCAAGAUUUGCACAGAUUACUUAGACACGUUCACUGAUAUCGUUCAAGACAUGUAUAAUCAAACACAAACACCUCUGCAGUUUGAACCUUUAUGGGAGAAUGGUGGACAACCUUUAGUUGAAUUGGCCAUUCAACAAACAGAUAUAAACUAUGAACUUCUUCUCGUUCAUUUUGUACUGAGUAUGGUGUUCCACAUGAUGUGUCAUUUCUUUUUAAAAGCCGCCAGACCCAUGGCAAGCCUCUUCGACGAAGAUGUUGUCAAUGUGUUCUUCCUUGAUUUCCAACAGAAACCUGAAGUUGAUUUCAGCAAAUCUACUAGUAACAACACAACAGCUAGAUUAAUACUUUUGAAAAAAGUAAUUAGUUCAAGUAUUGAAGCUAUAUCAACCAAAGAUGGAGAGAUUUAUUGGAAUGAUCAUCCUUACUGGAUGGAGAAAUCUUUGUUACUUGGGAGAAUAUGGCAGCUGGAUCUAGAAAUUUUGAGAGUGCAACGACUGGUUCAAUUUUUCAUUCAUGGUCAUGAUACUAUAGGACAUGACUUGAUUUCGCAGGUUAAUGAUAGGUAUAGGUUAGGAAGGGAACUCUUGACUCUAUUAGGGAAGAGACUCCGCAAUUACAUGGGCAAAUCUCCAGACAUGCCAACAAUAUAUACCUUUUUAACUCCUCAUGUCACUGGAUGGAUUGAAGGAUUGAAUAAAGAUUGGUGUGCAGAUAGUACCUUUAGGAAUAUUAGACGAUUGGCGAGACUUACUGUAUAUUUGUUAGAUUCCAAAGAAGAAAAAGGUUCCGAACAUAAAUUAGCACAUUUAAUCUUUGAAGCAACUGAGGAGCUUGAGGGAAUCAUAGAGGAUGAUUGACUUUGAUUAAUUCCUAGCAAAUCUUCAUAUCUUAUCUACAAGAAUUAAUUUAUACCAAAAGCCAAUAAUAUGAAGACGAGAAAUUGUUCGAGAAAAAAUUCGAUACAGAAAUGUCUAAUUGGGUGAUAAUGAAUUAAUGUGGUACAACCAGAAUGGUUGCUUAAUGAGAAUGUUUGUUAUUGUUAUUUAUUUUAUUCACUUUUAUUAUAUGAGCCGAUAAAUGCAGAUUAUAAUUUUAUUCAAA